CCUCAUUUUCUCUAAAACUUUCCCGGAAAAAAGAAACAAAGAAAAAAAAUGAGACACGAGUCCGAGGAAGCACUCUUGCUUUCUCCCUAACCAAACACCCUCUCUCUUCCUCUUACUUCAGUCUCGCUUCAGCAGCACAAUCAUGACUUGACAAAACCAACGACACGACACACAACACACAAAGACAACCAUAACAACCCCAACUUAAAGCUCCAAUAACAACAACAAACAGAGACAUCAUGGGCGCGUCGCUAUCGAACCUUACUGAUAACGGUGCGACCAUGGGUCCGGGACUGGGGGACAUACCGGAGAGCUGCGUGGCGUGCGUGUUUUUGUACUUGACUCCACCAGAGAUUUGUAAUCUCGCCAGAUUAAACCGCGCUUUUCGAGGUGCGGCGUCUUCCGACUCUGUUUGGGAAAAGAAGCUUCCGCCUAAUUAUCAAGAUCUGCUCUGUUUUAUGCCUCCUGAACGCUAUCAAAAUUUGUCUAAAAAAGACAUUUUUGCCCUCCUCUCUCGUCCCGUUCCCUUUGAGGAUGGAAAUAAGGAAGUGUGGAUAGAUAGAGUUACGGGAAGAGUUUGCAUGUCAAUAUCGGCAAAAGCGAUGGCCAUAACGGGAAUUGAAGAUCGCAGAUAUUGGAAUUGGAUUGCUACUGAAGAAUCUAGGUUAUCCGUUUAAGCUUACAAUUACAAGCUUUAGUUUAUUGAAUGUGUC